AUGGGUUUCGCCAAAUUUGUCCCGUUGUUGCUUCUUGCUGCCAAGAAUGCUUUGGCGGAUACGCCGAUUGCCGUUAGCGACUUCACCAACAAUGGGGGUUUAGCAGCUGCUCAAGCUGCCGCGCCUAUGUGGUACCUGCCGUCUGGCACAUGCAUGCCCUCAGCGGCGGAAGAUGGCGAAGGCAACCAGACAAACGGUGUUGAUACAGACAACUGCAAUAUCAAUGCUCUAGCAAAUGGCUGUCCCGUGCAGCCUACUUGGCAAGGAGCCAACACAUUUUACGGCAAUGUUUCGGGUGAACCCUUCGUCACCAUUCCGACGUACUGGGCAUCGACCUUUUGCAAUGGCGAUUCCUCCGGCUCUGAUGCUUCAUAUCGUAUCAUCUACUACGUGUAUUUCAAGAAGGAUACUGGCCACAAGAGCGACUGGGAAGGAAUUGUUGUGAGGUUUACAUCUCCUGACGGAGGCAACACUUAUACUCGCGAAUCAGUCAUCAUGGAGCAAGACGGCAAUCAUGUGCAUAUUAGCUGGUCCGAUGUCAAUGACACUUUCGAGGGAGAUAACGACUGGCAGAACUUUUCUCAGAAGAACCUUGAUCACGGAAAGUUCUACUUUGGCAAAUUCCACCACUCUGUUCACCAGGACUGGUACACCUCAGCUUUCAAGAACACUUGCCCUCCCCUCUCCGCUGAUGACUACCGCAACGACGACUAUCAGUUCUGGGCAUAUAACAACCUGCGCCCCGUGUCCGUCCUGAAUCCCAAUUGGGUUUGGGGCAAGGCAGAUUCACCUGCUAACAUCGACAUCUGUUCUUAUUAG